AUGGAGGUCCGGGACAGAAUUCAGGAGACGACAACUCCGGAGUCGCCUCUACCUUCGACGACACUGUUCUCAAUAGCUUCGUUGAUCUCAUCUUCGCAAAGACGCUUCCCCUCGGCCCGGAGUCCCCUCGAGUUCCCGUUCCCACCGAUCGAUAUGAGGGCCUAUUAUGAAAGCAUGUUACAGAGGAGUUUCGGAACCGAUAGAGUCUUGGAUCUCAGCACGUCAUCGCAACAGAUGAUCGCCGUCGACAGGCGGGAGGACGACUCAAGAGGAGAGAUCCCCAGUUUAUGCAACAGCCCGCCCUCUUCUCCCAACUCGUCGAUCGACGAUAAACGAGUUCCUUCAUUGCACGGCGAGGAUUUUUUCGACGACGGUGGGGUGAACCGUCGACGACGGACUGCUUUCACUUCGGAACAGCUCCUAGAACUCGAGAAGGAAUUCCACUCGAAGAAAUACCUCUCUCUGAGCGAGCGUUCGCAGAUCGCCCACCAAUUGAAAUUGAGUGAAGUUCAAGUGAAAAUCUGGUUCCAAAACCGACGGGCCAAAUGGAAGCGGGUCAAAGCGGGACUCAGCGCCGGUAGCCGGAGCGGCAGCCAGGAGGGACACAGUCGGAUCGUAGUUCCUAUACCGGUGCACGUGAACCGAGUCGGGAUCCGUAGCCAACACAGUGCCCGCGGUCUACACGAGCCCAUGGGCGGCCUCGUAGAUGCCGAAGCGCUGGUCGAGAGUUCCCUCGGGACGAUCAUCGGCAAGACCGAGGCAUACGAGGGUGUCGGUGUCGAGAGCUUCCUGGGUAUACCCUACGCGAAACCCCCGGUCGACGAGCUCCGUUUCGCGCAUCCCCAAGCUGCCGUUCCCUUCGGGGAGCUGAAUGCCACCGAAUACUCGCCGACAUGCAUCCAAACAAAAAUCUUUCCCAUUCGUCUUCAACCCUCGUCGGAAGAUUGUUUGUACUUGAACGUCUUCCGGAAGGCGGGAACUCGACCGCAAUCGAAGAGACCGGUAAUAUUCGUGAUCCAUGGGGGAGCGUUCUGCGUGGGAUCCGCCUCGCAGGCUUUCUACAGCGGACUUCCAGUCACGGCGACUGGCGACGUGAUCGUGGUAACCAUCAACUACCGACUUGGAAUCCUCGGUUUCGCUGACAUGAAGGAUCUGGCGCCCGGAAAUCUCGGUUUAUUCGAUCAGCUGCUUGCGCUCGAGUGGGUUCAUGACAACAUCGCUUCUUUCGGGGGCGAUCCAGAGAGAGUCACGCUGCUGGGCGUCAGCGCCGGUGCGAUGUCGGUGAGUGCCCUCGUGAACACGCCUCUGAUCCGGGGUAAGAAUCUCUUCAAGCAAGCCAUUAUGGAUGCUGGUGUGAUGUCGCGGACCACGGUCAUGACUCAAGAUAUAUCCUUCCGGAAAGUGAAAGACAUCGCAGCGAAAAUCGGUUGCGGAACUGCUGAGGGCGAGAGGAUGCUCAGCUGUCUGCGUGAGAUGAACGCCACACUACUGACAGAUGCAUCGUCUGAUCCGGAGUCAAGUCCGAUUCUCACAUUUACGCCGACAGUCGACGGGAAAUUCAUCGCGUUAGAGCCUAGCAAGGAUACCCAGGAGAAGUCCGACAAGUUCGCGGACGUCAGAAUGAUUGUCGGAGUUGCGAAGAAUGAGGGUAGUCUGUUCACCGGUUUCUAUCCAGCGGUGAAAACGCUGAAGAAUGAAACGGAUUUCAUCGAAUUGGCUAAGGAGAUUUCCCGAGGGUUUCUGUAUCCGCUCACCUUGGAGACCGAGGAUGCGAAAGAUUCCCUGAUUCGAACUUAUUUUGGAAAGUCAGCAGAUCAUUACGAAGACGUUGCUGAGCUCAUUGCGGACGGCACCUUCAUAUGUCCCUCGAAUGCAUUCGUCAAGAAUUAUGCGAAGACUCACAAGAACGUUUUUGUGUAUAACUUCGAAAAAGUCAUGAAGCGGAAAUACUUGAAAUUCGGCCCGGAUAACGUGGGUGCCUACCACGGUUCACCAUUCGCGAAUUUCUUCGGUUCGUACUUGGUCACCCCAAAAGAAGACAUCGAUGGACCUCUGGAGCCGGAAGACGUGCAAUUUGCCAAGGACUCGGUCGAAUUGCUGGUGAACUUUUUGAACUUCGAGAACGCUCCCAAGUUCCGCGGAGUUACCUGGCCGAAUUAUUCCAAGGGAGAAGGCAUUCUCAUCAUCGACGACAAGCCUACGAUAAAGAGAGAUCUUGUCCAUGAGGACCGAUGCGAGAAGAUAUUCCCAUUGAUGCGGACUCCUCUCGCCAGAAGAUUGGGAAGAAUGCUCGGUGCCCGGAUACAUCAGUCGUACACAGAAAAUAUCGGCAUUCAGCUCUCAGUUACAAUCCUCCCUGAAUCGAGGAGGAGAGGCAAUCUGCGAAUGAAGCUGAUGGACGAAACAGCCUGCCCUCUGAAGAGUGUCUUGCAUGAGAACUAG